GGCUGAAGAGAUAACUUUAACAAUUGGCCAAGCAUUCGACUUAGCUUACAGGAAAUUUCUAGAAUCUGGAGGAAAAGACGUGGAAACAAGAAAGCAGAUCUCAGGGUUACAGAAAAGAAUCCAAGACUUAGAAACAGAAAACAUGGAUCUUAAAAAUAAAGUACAAGAUUUGGAAAGCCAACUAAGAAUAACUCAAGUAUCAACAUCUCCAGUAGGCAGUGUGACAUCCAAGUCACCUUCCACUGACGUCUUUGAUAUGAUUCCAUUUUCUCCAAUAUCGAUACCUGCUCGCAACGGCACACAGCCACCUCCUGUUCCUACUAGAUCUGCAGAGAUUAAACGGGACCUGUUUGGAGCUGAACCUUUUGACCCAUUUAACUGUGGAGCAGGGGAUUUCCCUCCAGACAUUCAAUCAAAAUUAGAUGAGAUGCAGGAGGGGUUCAAAAUGGGACUAACUCUUGAAGGCACCGUGUUUUGUCUCGACCCAUUAGAUAGUAGGUGCUGAUGUCAAGAACAAGAGAGCCUGACUCAUUUAAAUUUGUUUUUAUACAUAUAUAUCAUUCAUUAUUACCUUAAGACAGG